AUGGCUACACCAGCAUUACCUACAGAUAGAAGUGAUUGGAUUAAACAACAACAAGAUAUGAUUACAAAUGUCUUGAAGACAUCGGCAUUGCCAACGGUCUCCCAAUCCACUGACUUUAAUGAGCUAAUUAAGGCAACUGUUGUUGGAUCUACCGCCAUGAUUCCAAUUGUGGGUGGUGGAGUUUCCACUAUUAUCGAUGCUAUCUGGUCGCAUAUCCUUUCUAAUCAGACUUCCAACACCAAUGCGCUCACUGCAAUGUAUAUGAAUAUGGUGAAAGAAGUUGUUGACCAACAAAUCAGUGUUUAUGAUAACGCCGAUUUAAUAGCAGAGUAUGCCGGUAUUGAUAGUUAUAUCAAUAACUUUAAGACUAAAUUGGCAAACUACACUGCCAAGCCAACUAAUGUAACUUUAAAGAAUGAGAUGCGUACAGCCUUCACUACUGCCGAGCAAAGACUAAAGGCUGCCUUGGUACCAAAAGGUAUAUUCAGAAAGGUCGGAUAUGAGGUGACAGAACUCAUGAUGUUUACCAUUGCCGCCACCACUCAUUUGCUCUUACUUCGUCAAGUCAUUGCCAAUGGUAAGACAUGGGGAUACCCAGCCGUUGACCUAACUGGCUUCAAGAACGAUUUCAAAGCACACAUCGUUGAAUAUACUCAACAUUGUAAGGUCACAUACGCCAAUGGUUGGUCAAAGAUCGCAGCCGAUUCAACCAAGGUCGGUGGUGGAGAUACCUUCAAUCACAUCCUGAGAUAUCGUUCCACCAUGAUUUCAUCGGUUUUCGACUAUGUUUCCAUGUGGUACACCUUUGACCAAGACGUUUUCCCACUCGGUGCAAUUGGUGAGCGUGUCCGAUACCUUUGGUCUGAUGUCCUCGGUUGGACAAUCGACAUCAACCAACCAGUCCCAGGUAUUCUUAUCGAAGACAACUUGUACUACAAUCCACCAUCCUCGCAAUUCUACAAUUACUGGGAUUCAGUGAUGCAACACGAGAAAUUCAGAGGGCAGCUCCAUCAUGUAGAUAUCAAGGGUAAUCCAUUCCUCUACACAAUGACACCCUACUACUAUGACCAAACUCAGACCUCGGGAUACCGUCAGGGUUUUGCCGUAGGUGACAAUCCAAACAUUGGAACACUCACAACCAUGACAUUCCCUCCAACCGGCGCUACCCAAACACUCUCAAUGAGUUCCGAUGUCAUUGUUAGAAAGAUCCAAGUUACUGGAGUUACCAACUCGAUCAACUAUGUAAGUCCAGCUCCAGGUCGUAACGACCAUAACAACCCAAUCGCCUACUACUACGAUGAUUGUAGAACCUAUGGACUUAUUGACUCUGUAUGUGUUGGCUUCAUACCAUCAGAAGUAUUCCCAGAGAAUGUCUUGGUCGCUAAAAGCGAAACAAUUGUGGAUCCACAAAAAGCGUUCUACAUGGACGCAGGUGUUCUUUUCAAGAAGGAUUUCACCAUGGUUGGUCAACAUGCCUUUGAAAUGUCGGACAAGGAAACUAUCAAACUCCAAGUGCAACUACAAGAUCCAAAGCAAUAUACCUAUACAAUCAGACUCAGAGUAUCAUGUCAAGAUAAAGUCCCUGGUAAGAUCUCUAUUCUUAAUGCCAACCAAGUUCUCCUCUCCACCUUUAAUUACGUUGCCAACUCUGCCAAUCAAUUGAUUGCCAGUGCAGCAGAGCCAGACUACAUCUUUACCUUUGCCACAGACAAACCAACAAAGAUCUGGCUUAAGGCAUUAGGUGGUACUGUUGUACUUCAAUCUAUCAUUUUCAAACCAGUACCUGCACCCAAACCAGCUGCUUAA